AUGGUGGGAACGGAGAACGUAGUCGGCCUGCUGAUGGACGGUGCGUCCGCGAAUGUCAACGCUGCCAGCAUCAUCGCCCGCGACUACCCAAAAGUUCAGUGGAUUCGUUGUGCUGCGCAUACUCUCAAUCUAAUGAUGAAGGACAUUGGCCAACUCGAUUGGGCCAAGGAUACCAUAGACCGCGCGCAGCAGCUAAUUACGACGCUGAAGAACGCGCACUGGAUUACGGGGGUUCUUCGGAAGGAGAAGGCGCUACAAAUCUUGAAACCUGCGGGCACUCGUUUUGGAACAAACUACAUCGCCCUCGAACGCCUGCAAGCAGUGCGAAAAACUCUCGACAAGCUGGUGUUGAGCGAGGAUUGGGAGGAGUACGUCAAGGGAAAGCCGAAAAUGAAGGACGCAUGGGAUACUAUUAUCGACAAAGAGUUCUGGGCGCGCGUUGGGACGGUGCUCGAUGUGCUUCGUCCGGUCUAUAAGCUGUUGCGGAAUGUUGACGGCAAUCAGGAGGUGAUGGGCAAGAUCUAUGACAAAAUGUUUGUUUUGGAGGACGCGGUGAAGGAGGCGUGUAAGGAGCUGACCGAGGAGGAGAAGGAGGAUGUGACCGACAUCACGAACUGGGCCGUUUGGGAGUCAAUCCAUACAGCUCGUCGUAAUCGCCUUGGACCGAAACGCCUUGCCGACCUGGUGUACGUGAGCCACAACUAUCACACAGUGAAGAAGUUGAAUGAGGAUCUUGCUAAGAAGCUGGUGGUGAGUGGGCUUCCUGUGGUCCAAGUUAAGGAGGAACCUACUGACAGCUACGGGCAUCUCGAUGACGACGACAUCCCUGAUGAGGCAUAUCUUGAUGGCCAGGAAGCGGAAGAGCCGAAGGAGUGA